ACCCAACAAAAGCCCAUUUCCCUCUCUCUCUCUCUCGCUCGCUCGCUCGAUCUCUCUGGUUUCGGAGAAACCAACAAUGGCAUCAUCAGCUUCAAUCUCUUCCUCUUCAUCCACUCUCUUCAAAUCGCGAACCUCUCACCUCCACUCCUCGUCUUCCUUCCUCACCUUCAAAUCCAAAAUCCCUAUUAAAAUGCCGCUUCUGAUAAAACCCCUGCGAGCAGUCAGAGCAGAAUUCGACAUGUCCUUUUUCGCAACCGAUUUAGGCGCACCGCCGCCGAUCGAGGGGUUCGCCGAUCUGGACAGCAAGGAGGAGCCGGAGUGCCCGCCCGGCCUCCGCCAGUACGAGACCAUGGCUAUAUUACGCCCUAACAUUUCCGAGGACGAGCGCCUCGCCUUCAUUGACAAGUACCAACAGUUGCUCUCUGCAGGUGGCGCUAUGCAUGUGGAGUUUUUGAACAAAGGGGUGCGCCCACUUGCUUACAGCAUCAAGAAGAAAAACAAAGCUGGAGAGACCAACAUUUACUUGGACAGUAUUCAGAUUCUCGUCACUUUCUUCACCAAGCCUGACUCAGUCUCGAUUAUCGGGGAAACCCUACAAAGAGACGAUGAUGUUAUCCGGUCAUCCACUUUCAAGAUAAGGAAGAGGAAGUAUUAGGGAUCAAGCCAAGUAUGCUAGGUUUUGAUGUGAAAGGCUUCGUUUUUGCUCUCGUCUUGUGAAAGGUUUAUUUGUUUUUUUUCUCGAAUCUCCACACUAGUUUGAGUUUGGCUGGAUAUAGAAUUAAAUCUUGGGAAUUCGUUUUUUUAUGAAUGCAUGUGGAUGAAGGUGCAAGUAAAA